AUGGUAUACGUAACAGGUGGUCAAGUUCAAGAGACCCCUCCAAUUACUCAGCGCAUUUCAAAGUUUUUUGAUAAUGUAGUUAACUUCGUCAUGCAUUUUUUCAUCACACUGAUUCCAAUCGAAAUGAAUUCCCAAAGCUCGAGUACUAGAAGCAGUAGUGGAGGAAACACUACCGGUCGCGGAGGCGGCGGCGGAAGUGGCGGCAGUUCUUGGGGAAGCGGAAGGCCUUUUGGAUCCGGUGGAAAUGGAGGAGGUGGUAAUGGGAGAUUUAGAACAUUGAGAGAUAUCAACCCUCCUACUGUUGGUGGUUGUCCUGGUGGAGCUUGUGGAAUGUGA